AUAGAUAAAUAUAGCUGCAAACUUCUUUGGAUCCAUCAAGCAAAAUAUGUUCACCAAUGGUCGAAACAGAGGCAACCGUAAUAAUAAUAACAACAAUAGAAAAAACAAAAAACCGAGGAAUACAAACAACGAGUUUCAGAUAAGCAGAUCAGAAGAAUCUCAAGGCUCAGAAACAAUUAUUGAUCCUCCACCUCCAAAUUAUGUGCUAGGCUCUGAUUUCCCUCCCCAAGAUGCACAGCUCCUCGUAGAAUUUUCUUCUCGUCACGCUGGCUUUCUUCUUUCAGAACAGAUACACACAUGGAACAUGAGACGUCAAGCUUAUGAAUAUUUCGCUACUUUCCUCAAGUUUUUGCGAUCUCACUCUACCUUAGACUUACUGACUUCUUCAAAAUCAUCAGUUUCUAAUGAUCUCGAUGUUCUCAAGAUGUAUGGCUUCAGAGGUGAAUGGUUUGAUCGCUUAGUUCUUCGUCUCAACCAUCACACUUCUCUUGAUAUUUCGGACAAAGAGAUGCAAAAUUUAACCCAAGAUGAAGAUGAUUAUUAUAGACGUAUUGUUGCCUUGGAUGAGGAGUACGCAGCCUUAACACGCAAGUUAUAUGAAAAUAGAAGUAAGCAUUUGGUUGAGAGAGAAGCUGUGGAUUACAUUUCUAAUAAGAAGAAGAAAAUUAUGGACGAAAGGGCAAGGUUAAACGUCCCAUUUAUAAUCUAGAGUUGCAUGUAACGACGUUUCUAAUAUAAGAAGAAGAAAAAUUGUUUGGUAGAUGGAUUAGAUGGAUUUUGUACUGGAGGGAUUGGAUGAUUAUGGAUUUGGUGGAUCACAUUGCCACCCUUAUGUAACGUUACUUUCAUUUUAUACCUCGGUUGGUUAUUUGAAUUUCCACAUUUUCCUUGAGCUCA